UUCGAUCAAUUCGUGUUACGUUGCCCUGCUGUGGACAAUUCGAUACGAAUUAGUUAUUCUUCAUUAAUUCUGUCUAUACCGGGAUCAAUUCAAUACAAAUCAAUCUUCAGCAAUUCCCUGCAAUUCGAAUAUCACCCUCUAAUCAGCAAAAUGGCCUCGCUCAAACGACGCUGGACGUGCGACAGUUCCUCGACGUGGGAACAAGGUCCGCGACCAAAGAAAACCGUUGUCUCCCCUUCAUCCCGUGUAACCACCAUUGCGCGCAACUCCGACGUUCGGAUGGAUAUGACGGAGGAAGGCACAGCGCGCCACGGCAAGGUGGAGAUCGAUCAACGUUGUAUACACAAGAGGAGUACCAUCUGCAGUCUUUCGAGAUGGGAAUGCUGUGCCUGCAUCGAUUUGCGUCCCACAGCGUCGUACUACCCAGUCUAUGCCGACGGCGCGGGCCAGUCACUGAGCACCCGUCGAUGGAGAAACUAUUGCCCGGGUUGCAAAGGUAACGUCGAAGACAGUCGUGUGCAUGCAGUGACAGCGGCUUAUGAUCAUGAAUAGGUUUUUGGCAGAGGGCGCACGACAAUGGGAUCACUCUGGAAAGCCCGCUACGCGUUCCGACUGCUAAAGACAUUGAGAUUGAUGCUACGAUUGGAGGUACUCGACAUCGCAUAUUCUACACCAUCUCGGCGGAUAUGAGCGUAUCCUUGCUGAAGAACGACCUAGCGGCGAUCUUCGGAGUCCACCCGGCUGGGAUAUCGCUGAAAGAUAAUAAUAAUACGACUCUCGAGCUUGGGGAACUAAAAUUCGGAGAAGGUCUAGUCGGAGCAUCGCUCAGGAAGAUCAUCUGCAAUUUGGUGAUGUCCUCUGGACAGAGUAGCGACGAUAAUGAGAAUGACUACGACGAUGAUGAGGAAAUGGAAGACGUGUAAGAG